AUGUCGCGCGAGGUCUAUUCCAAGUACCCUCCGGAGCUCAACGAGGAGCAGCUCCAAUACUUGAUUACUAAUGUCAAAGACUGGUCCAUUGCAAAUGGUCUGGCUGUAAGACCGGUGCCAUCAUGGAUUUCGAAAGAUGAGGACCCCGUCGGAUCACUAGCUGUGACUGCUCCAGUCACUCUCUUCCCCAGCCUCUUUCCUAGAAACUGCUUUGAGCAAGGUCUUGGCAUUCAGACAGCAUACAAUGAGCUCUACGCUGCCAUUGCUAGCAACGAGACUUGGCUCAAGCAGAUUGUUGAGGAGCUUGUUGAAGUGGACGAUUUCAUUGCAGAUCUGUGGAAGGUUCACCAGGCUGUGAAGAAGGAGGGAUACGUCCAGGACACCACCCUUGGACUGUUCCGCUCUGACUACAUGGUCCAUGUUGAUCCAACUCAAUCUGCUGCCAAACCCACCAUCAAGCAGGUAGAGUUCAACACCAUCGCUUCAUCCUUCGGUGGGCUCUCUACACAGGUUUCCAAGCUACACAACUAUCUUCUUUCCGUCGAUGCCUACCCUGAAGAAACUCAGUCCAUCAUCAAAACUUCUUCUUUACCGCCGAGCACAUCUGUACCAUCGCUUGCCGGAGGUCUAGCUGCUGGUCACCAUGCUUAUGGUGAAUCAAGAAGUGGCUCGCCUCUUUGCGUCAUAUUCCUCGUCCAGGACCCGGAGCGCAACGUCUUCGAUCAAAGACACCUGGAAUUUGCCCUUCUCAACGAUCAUCAAGUCAGAGCUUUCCGAGUACCUUUCAACAAGAUCAUGUCUCACACCAGACUUGAUGAGAAGCGAACUCUCCUUUAUACCCCUCCACACGCACCCAAAAAGACUUGGGAAGUUUCUCUGGUUUACUUCCGCGCCGGUUAUUCUCCUGAUGACUACUCAGGGAAGGCCGAUUGGGACGCCCGCCUGCAUGUCGAGCGAAGUGCGGCCAUCAAGUGUCCCAGCAUCUUGACUCACUUGGCUGGAUCAAAGAAAGUCCAACAAGUCCUCGCAACACCAAACUCGCCUCACCUUGCUCGUUUCCUUCCGGACAAGAACAGGGCUGCCGAGGUAUUCAAGACAUUCGCGCCAAUUUAUCCACUCGACAAGAGUGAGGCGGGUCUAGAAGCAUGUAAAUUGGCCCAAAAUCCGGAAUCAGCCGCUCGCUACGUGCUCAAGCCCCAGCGCGAAGGUGGCGGCAACAAUGUCUACCGCAAGGCCAUCCCUGACUUCCUCAAGGACACACCCGAAUCGCACUGGCCUGCUUACAUUCUGAUGGAGAUGAUCGAGCCACCGGCGCUGACCAAUACGAUCUUCCGCAACGGAGAGGUACAAAAGGGUGGUGUCAUUGGAGAGUUGGGCGUUUAUGGUGUCUGCCUGUGGAAGACCAAGAGUGGCGAAGACGGCGUGCAGGAAAUUCUCGAAAACAGACAGGCUGGCUAUCUGCUAAGGACUAAGGGCGACCAGAGCGAAGAGGGCGGUGUCGCAGCUGGCUUUGGCUCUGUCGACAGUGUCUGCCUUGUUGACAUCUAA